CAGAGAGAAAGGAAGCAAAGAGGGAGGGAAGGACAUAAAGAAGGGGAAAGAGGAGGGAGGAAAGGAGAGAAAAAAGGCAGAAGGAGGGAAAGGAGGGAAGGGGAGAGGGCGCCAGUGGGCUGGGAAGGAAGCCUGGUCGACGUCGGAGACAAAAGCGGUCCGGAGCCAGCUCCCCCUCCUUCCCUCCCUCCCUCUUCCUCGCCAAGGCGCCUCUUUCCUUCCUUCCUUCCUUCCUUCCUUCCUUCCUUCCUCCCUGCCUCCCUCUUUCCCCCGGGGAUAGCAUCGCUGGGGCCAGUCCGGAGGGGCUGGAUGCCUCCUUCUGUGGCUGACUUGGGGGGACCCGGGGGGAGAUCGGGGUGACCCACCCCACCCCACUGCCAGAGAGAGCGAGGGAGGGAGCAGGCGAAGAGGCAGCUGUUGGGAAGGAAGGGGGCUCCUCCGCCCCUCUCCCCCUCCUCUUUUGAGUGGGAUUACCAGGCUGCUGAGUGGGCCGAGGCUGCGGUCACCACAGCCCACACGGCAGGCACUCAUCUUCUGCAGAGCAGACCCAUGGAGCUGCUGACCCCGAGGGUUCGGGCGGUCCAGGGUCUCCCCUUUUUCAUCCUCCUUCUCCUCCUGCUCCUGGGGGCACCUGGGCAGGGCUCAGCUGUGCCAGGGAUGCUGGACUUGCAGAUUGACGAGGAGCAGCCGGCGGGCACCAUCAUCGGGGACAUCAGCGCAGGGCUACCCCCAGGCACCACCAGCUAUGUGUACUUCAUCUCGGCCCAGGAGGGCAGCGGCGUGGCCACUGACCUGGAGAUCGAUGAGAACACGGGCAUCAUCAAGACGGCCCGGGUGCUAGACCACGAGAGCCGGGACCACUAUAGCUUCAUUGCCGUCACCCCAGAGGGGGCCACGGUGGAGGUCCAUGUGCAGGUCAACGACAUCAAUGACCACACACCCACCUUCGCUCGAGCUCAGGGGUCACUCUUGAUUCCAGAAAAUACACCCCAUGGAAGCCGCUUCCCUCUUGAGCCAGCCUUCGAUGCGGACAGCGGCCCGCUGGGCAUCCAAGGCUACACUCUCAAGGGUGGUGGUGCGGAGCAGGUCUUCCAGUUGGAGGCCCGACGUGGCCCUGAUGGUGUCUUGCACCCAGAGCUGGUGGUGACCGGAGUCCUAGACCGGGAAAUACGCUCAACUUACGUGCUCUCUGUGGAGGCCUACGAUGGUGGGUCUCCUCCACAAAGCUCCCAGAUGGCCUUGGAGGUCUUGGUGCAGGACAUCAAUGACAAUGCCCCAGCCUUCAACCAGAGCCGCUACCACGCUCUCAUCCCAGAGAACCUCCAACCCGGGAGCAGCGUCCUGCAGGUCUUUGCCUCAGAUGUGGAUGAGGGGGAGAACGGGGCCGUGGUGUAUGAGAUCAACCGCCGGCAGAGUGACCCUGAGCGGUACUUCACCAUCGACGCAGCCACUGGGGUGGUCAAGCUCAACCGGGGCCUGGACUACGAGCUGCGGAAAGUGCAUGAGCUGGUGGUCCAGGCGCGAGACCAGGCCCUGCACCCGGAGGUCUCCACGGCUUUUGUCACCAUCCAGGUACGAGACUACAACGACAACCAGCCCACCAUGACCAUCAUCUUCCUCAGCGAGGACGGCUCCCCACGUGUCUCCGAGGGGGCUCAACCAGGGCAGUUUGUGGCCCGCAUCUCCGUCUCAGACCCUGACUAUGGAGAGUACGCCAAUGUCAACGUCUCUCUGGAGGGAGGCGAGGGUAAGUUCGCACUCACCACCAAGGACAACAUCAUCUACCUCAUCUGCGUGGACCAGAUGCUGGACCGGGAAGAGCGGGACUCCUAUGAGUUGCGGGUGACGGCAACAGACGCGGGGACACCCCCCUUGCGUGCCGAGUCAGCCUUCGUGCUCCAGGUGACUGACGUUAAUGACAACCCCCCACUUUUUGACGCCCGGGAGUACGAGCAGAGCGUCCCUGAGGUGGUCUACCCUGGAAGCUUUGUCCUGCAGGUGACAGCACGCGAUAAAGACCAGGGGGCCAAUGGGGAGAUCCGCUACAGCCUCUUGCACACGCAGGAGACCCACUCACACUGGUUUACCAUCGACCCAGACACCGGCAUCAUCACGACUGCCUCGCCUCUGGACUAUGAGGUUGACCCUCAGCCCCAGCUGACCGUGCUGGCCACGGAUCGAGGCAAGCCCCCGCUCUCCUCCACAGCCCUGAUUCGGGUGGCCCUGCAGGAUGUCAAUGACAAUGAGCCCAUCUUUGAGAGUAACUUCUACAACGUCUCUCUGAAGGAGGAUGCUUUCCCUGGCACCUGCUUCCUCCAGGUCACUGCUACGGAUGCUGACAGCGGCUCUCUGGGCACCCUCUCAUACUCGCUGGGCACUGGUCUGGGCACCUCUGCCCCAUCUGCAUUCAGCCUGGAGGAAGAGAGUGGCCAGCUCUGCACCACACGGGAUCUGGACCGUGAUGAGGGCACCUCUGCCUACGACUUCACCAUCACGGCCAUCGACGGGGGGGGUCUGAGUUCUGUGGCCUACGUCCGGGUGUUCUUGGAAGACGUCAAUGACAAUGCCCCGGCCUUCUACCCACUGGAGUACGCCACUAGCAUCAGCACCCAGAGCCAGCCAGGAUCAGCUGUGCUGCGUGUCACGGCUCAUGACAAAGACGAGGGGCCACAUGGACGGGUGACCUACCACGUGGCUGCUGGCAACAUGCCACCACUCUUCACCAUCAACCCCGACACUGGGACCAUUUCCCUGCUCCGGAGCCUGGCAGGCAAGGCCAACACGCUGGCGCAGUUGGAGAUUGGCGCCCGGGAUGGAGGUGGCCUGGUAGCCCAGCCCAAUGCCCAGGUCAACAUCAGCAUUGUGGCUGGCACCGUCUCUGCUCCCAGCUUUGAGCGCACCCAGUACUACUUCUCCAUCCCUGAGGACACGCGGCCAGGAAGCAGCAUUGGGUCUGUUUAUGCCCACAACCCCACAGGCCAUGCAAAUGGUGUGCUUUAUUCCAUUUCCUCGGGAGACCCGCAAGGAUUCUUCUCUAUUGACCCACGCUCUGGAGAGCUACACACCAGUUUGGCUCUGGACCAUGAGACACAGCCUGCCCUGACCCUGGAAGUCCAGGCCCGCAGUGGUUCCCCGCCUGCCUACAGCAGUGCCCGGGUGCAAGUCAGCAUCUCAGAUGUCAACGACAAUGCACCCACCUUCCCCGCGCCUUCUGACUCAGUGCUGUUGCCUGUGGGGGCUGCCCCAGGCACUGUGGUGUACACGGUGCAGGCAGAGGACCGUGACAGCGGCACCAACGGGCAGGUGCAUUUUGAGCUGGUGCCCAAUGGGGCGGUGGGGGCAGCCUUUGCUGUGGAGCGGUCAUCAGGAAAAGUGAGGCUGACAGGGGCUUUGCUGCGGGAGGCCGGAGCACCCUACAAACUGGUCAUCCUGGCCCAAGACGGAGGAGUCCCCAGGCUCAGCGCCACCUUCACCCUCCUUGUGUACGUGCGGGCGGAAGAUGAGCACGGCCCUGUCUUUGACACGCUCACCUAUCGGGUGGAAGUGCGGGAGGGUGUGCCAGUGGGCACUCACUUUUUGCAAGUGCGAGCACUGGCGCGGGAGUCGGGGUCUCCACUCACCUACCACCUGCGUGCUGACGGGGACGCCUCCAGCUUUGGCAUUGUGCCCGACACGGGCUGGCUCCACGUUCGCAGUGCACUUGACCGGGAGGUGCAGGAACUGUACGUGCUGACCGUCUUGGCUGUUGGAGGGGAGGGCGAAGGGCGCCAGACGGGGAGUGGCACUGUGCGUGUCACUGUUACCGAUGAGAACGACAACAGCCCUCGGCUGAGUGAGGAGCGCUACUUCUUCACAGUGGCUGAAAACCGUCCUGCCGGCAGCAGCGUUGGCCGAGUGGCAGCCAGUGACCGGGAUGCCGGGCAGAACAGCCGCCUCACCUAUCGCCUGAUGCCACUCCUUGAGAGCAACUUCUUGAUCCAUACAGAGACUGGAGAGCUGAGCAUCCGGAAGAGCUUGGACCGGGAACAGCAAGCCAGCUACCAGCUGCAAGUCCUUGUGCAGGACGGGGGCACACCGCCACGCAGUGCCACGGGCACAGUCUAUGUCACCGUGUUGGAUGAGAAUGACAACACGCCAACUUUCCUGCACGUGGCCGAGGGGCGUGAGCUUCUGGUGCAGGUUCCAGAGGAGAAACCCGCGGGGCUGUUGGUGGCAUCCUUGCAGGCUAAAGACCCCGAUGAGGGUGACAAUGGGACCAUCUUCUACUCACUCGCAGGCACCUGGGCAGAACGUUUCUUCCUCCACAUAGCCACAGGGGAAUUGCGCACAGCCACCAAGCUCCGCCAGGCAGACCGGGCAGAAUACAUUUUCACGGUGACGGCAAGCGACCGAGGUGUUAGUCCUCGGAGUGCGACGGCAGUCGUGCACAUCCAGGUGGUAUCCAUGGCACGUGGACUUCCUCGGCCGGAUGCCAUGGUGCUGACUCUCCAACCCACAGAGGGUCUCCCGCCCGGCUCUGUCAUCGGCUCCGUGGCUGCUGCAGAACCAGUUCCUCGUGGGCAAGCCACCUAUGUGCUCGUAGGGAGCAGCCAUGCAGGUGGGCUCUUCAUUGUGGAUGCAGAGACGGGUGAGAUCUACGUGACUCAGGAGCUGGAUUAUGAGGCUGGGAUGAGGCACACCCUGCAAGUCAGUGUGGAGGAUGCCCUGCAGGGCUACCCAACCCAGAGGCUGGUGCUGGUUGAGAUCCAUGUGCAGGACCGCAAUGACCAUGCACCCACCUGGCCUCAGGACCCUGUCACAGUGGUGGUCUCUGAGAGUGCCACCCUCGGUCUUUCCCUUUUCACUUUCCAAGCGCUGGACAGGGAUGGCCCGGGACCCAACAGCCAGCUGCGCUACAGCCUCUUGCGCCAGGAAGCGGCCCACCCGCCCUUCCAGCUGGACCCUGGCAGUGGAGAGCUGAGCCUGCAGGGGCUGCUAGACCGCGAAACUCAGGCUGCUUACUUGCUGGUGGUCCAGGCCACAGAUCAGGCACUCAAUGCCAGCCAUCGCCGCUCAGCGGCUGUGACUGCACACGUCUUCCUCGUGGACGAGAAUGACAAUGCUCCCGAGUUCCUCUCCCCCGCGAGGGUCAACAUCCCUGAAGACCAGCCCACCGGUUUCCUGGUGCUUCAGGUGGUGGCGAGGGACCAUGACCUGGGUGAGAACGGGCGCGUCAGCUAUGCCCUGCGAGCUGGAAAUGCCAAAGGCCGGUUCCACCUCAACCCCAGCACAGGGGUGUUGUCCAUCGUGCGGCCACUGGACCGGGAAGAGGUGUCCCAGCACAACUUGACAGUGGUGGCCAUGGACCAUGGAUCCCCACGGCGCUCAGCCACGCAGCUGCUUUCAGUGCACGUGCUGGAUGUGAACGACGAGACUCCAACCUUUGAGAAGAGCAGUUACGAGGCCAGUGUGGCUGAGAACCAGCCCUCGGGGGUUCCCGUUCUGCAGCUACAUGCCACCGAUCGAGACCUGGGAACCAAUGGGCAUGUGUUAUACGGUGGGAUCUCUGGGGGAGACUUCUCCAUCGACCCACAAACAGGUCUGAUUAGUACCCUCCGCUCUCUGGACCACGAGGAGCAUGCAGAACACUUGCUGACAGUGUAUGCGCAGGACAAGGGUCUACCCCCCCGCCAGUCCAAGGCGACCGUGCGUGUGCUGGUGACUGAUGAAAACGACCAUGCUCCGACCUUCCCAAGAGAAACAUACUCCUUGGAGGUGCCUGAGAACCAGGCCCACGUAGAGCUCGUCACUCUGCGUGCCACAGACCACGAUGCAGGAGAGAACGGGCGCCUCAUUUAUCAUUUGGCAGCCGGAGACUCUGAGGAUGACUUCACCCUAGAUCCCAUCUCGGGCAAGCUCUCUGUAGCACGAGGCCUGGACCGGGAACGGAUAGCCAACUAUGCACUGGUGGUCCGUGCCUGUGACCAUGGCUCCCCUGCACGCUGUGCCAGCCUGAUGAUCCACGUCCAGGUGCUGGAUCUGAAUGACAACCCUCCUGCCUUUGUGCAGAAGGCUUAUGCUAGUGAGGUGCCUGAAGACUUGCCUGUGGGUGCCCUGGUGCUGCAACUGGAAGCCACAGAUCCUGACAAAGGCCCCAAUGGCCUCAUUUCCUACUUCCUGGCUAAUGGAUCCCUGGGCACUUUUCAGGUAGAGCCGCAGACAGGCCGCCUGACCAGCACACAGCGGCUGGAUCGGGAGCGAAAGGACACUUAUAGCUUCCUGGCGUUGGCUGUGGACUCCUCCCCACUGGACCCCCAAAGCACCACAGUGCGUAUCACCAUCACUGUCCAGGAUGUCAAUGACCAUGUCCCCACCUUUCCACUCAGUCCACUGGUUCUUACGUUGCCUCGUGACACGCCGCCCUGGCAAGUGGUGGCCACCCUGCGGGCCGAGGACCAUGACGCAGGGGCCAACGCCUCCAUUCUCUACCGUUUCGCCACCCCCACUCUGAACUUUUCCAUCAACACCUACACAGGGGCCAUCCAGCCACUGCAGCCUCUUGAUGUCCUCAACCAGCGGCAGCGGACCUUGUUUGUGCUGGCCAGCGACUUGGGAGAGCCACCCCUCUCCUCCACAGGUGUGGUCGUGAUCCACCUGCAAGGCGAGAGCUACCGAGGAGUGCGCUUUCCACGCAGCACCAGUGAGGUAGCACUGCCUGAGGAUGCUGCUCCAGGCACUACCGUGGUGGAUGUCACGGCUAAGCACACUGCAGGCUCCUCCGGCCACAUCACCUACAGCAUCAUCAGUGGGAAUGAAAAGGGUUCCUUCCACAUCCAGCCAAGCUCAGGUCUGGUGUCUGUGCACAGUUCUGGCAGCCUGGACUUUGAGCAAGGCCCUCGGCUGCGCCUGGUGCUGCAAGCCGAGUCUCCCUCUUCCUUUGGCUUCAUGGCUGUGAAUGUCAACCUGCAAGAUGCCAACGACAAUGCUCCCCGCUUCCAGCUGCAGAAUUAUGUUGCUUUCAUCCGGGAGGCACAGGGCUAUGACUCACCAGUCAUCCAGGUCAUGGCGGACGACUUGGACCAGGGCCUCAAUGGCCAAGUGACUUACACAAUCAACCAGACGCUGCCCAUGAAUGGGCUUUACCACAUCCAUGCCCAUACUGGGACGAUCACAACGGCGGCCAUUCUGGACAGGGAGAUUUGGGCCCAAACCCGGCUGGUGCUGACUGCGACAGACAGAGGAAACCCUCCCCUUGUGGGUUCAGCCACGCUGACGGUGGUAGUGAUGGACAUCAACGACAACAGUCCCACCAUCCCUGCACCUUGGGAGGUCCGGGUGCCAGAGAAUGCCCUGCUGGGCACCGAAAUCACCAUGGUGACGGGGAAUGACGUAGACUGUGGACCGCAGCUUUCUUACGUCCUCUUGCUGGAGAGCAGCGUCAUCGGGACAUUCGGCAUCCUCCACUUUGGUGGGCGGAUCACCCUGAUGGCCCCGCUGGACUAUGAGCAGCGCAGCCACUACACCUUGACCGUCUGCACCUCUGAUUCCCAGCAUGAGACUGAGGCCAACGUUACUGUAGUGGUGGAGGACGUGAAUGACAACGCCCCCACCUUUGCCCAGGCUUUGUACCAGGUACUACUGCCAGAACACACCCCAGUGGGUAGUGCCAUCCUGACGCUCAGCGCCACAGAUCUUGACUCUGGUUCCAACGGGGAAAUCACUUAUCAACUGGCCAAGCCAAGCCGUAUUUUUGCCAUCCACACCAACAAUGGCACCCUGUUCACUACCCAGCCCCUGCGGCUGGAGCCACGGCAGCCCAUGCUAGACAUCCACGUUGAGGCUCGGGAUGGGGGCCUGCCCAGCCUCUCCGCCUGGGUCACUGUGCAGAUCCAAGUGCUGGACCUGAACGACCAUGAGCCACAGUUCCUGAAGCCGCACUACAAUGCCAGUGUGUCAGAGGACCUGCGCCCCGGCACCACCCUUCUCACACUGGAGGCCACGGAUGCAGACGUUGCUCGUGACAAUGCCGCCCUGGACUACACCAUUGUCAGUGGGAACAGUGGCCAUGCCUUCCAGCUGGAGGGCCAAGCUGGAGGGACUGGUGCUCUUGUCCUAGUUGAGCCCCUUGACUUUGAGGCCGUGGCCCUUUACAAUCUGACAGUAGCUGCAUCUGACCGAGGAGUGCCGCAGCGCAGCACCCUGGUGCCCGUCCUCCUUGGCGUGCUGGAUGUCAAUGACAACCCACCGGCCUUUGGGCGUGCUGUCUACCACACUGCGGUGAGUGAGAGCGCUGCACCGGGCACAGAGCUGCUUCGUGUGGCUGCCCACGACCCAGACUCUGGCCCACAUGGUCAAGUGCGCUACAGCGUCAGCUCUGGCGACCCUGGGGGGCUCUUUCAGCUCCAUCCAUCAACGGGGGCACUACGCCUCACCGAGGCCCUGGAUUGUGAGAUCCAAAACCAGCACACUCUGGUGAUCCAGGCCUCAGAUGGGGCAAGCGGGCACUUUGCUCUGGCUUCAGUCACUGUUGAGGUGAAAGAUGUGAACGACAACCUGCCCUACUUCCCACUGGAGAUCCUGAGUGCCAGCCUGAGGGAGAACCUGCCCUCUGGGAGCCUGGUCACCAGAGUGCGUGCUGUGGAUGCGGACGUAGGGGCUUUCGGGGCACUGCGUUAUGCCCUCCUUCCAACUCAGGGCUGGCAGGCCUUUGCCCUCAACAGCACCUCAGGGGAGCUGAGCUCUCGCCUUCCUUUUGACUACGAGCGCACCAAGGCAGUUGAGCUGCUGGUGCAGGCCACCGACGCAGGUAAUGCCUCAGCCACAGCCACCGUGCGUGUCCUGGUGACUGGAGACGAUGAGUAUGACCCAGUCUUCCUCCAUCCCACUUUCAGCUUUGAGGUCCCAGAAGGAGCGCGCAGGGGGCAGAGCAUUGGGCGGGUGAUGGCCACUGAUGAGGAUGAGGGUCCGGAUGGUGUGGUGCUCUAUACCCUGACCAAACCUUCUCCCUUCUUUGGGCUCAACCGGACCAGUGGCACCAUCUACCUGCGCAUGGACAGCCAGGUACCCUCCAGUGGAUCCCCCAAGCGGGACCCGCGGGAGCUGGUGUUGGAGGUCCGGGCACAUGGACCCCUGCCUGCCUCACGCUCAGCUUCUGCCCAAGUCACUGUUGACGUCACACACACCUCCUUUGGCCUGGCGACCGACUUCAACUUGAUGCUAGUGGUGGCUGUGGCAGCCUCGCUGGGGGUGGUGGUGGUACUGGCUGCAGUGGCCAUUGUGCUGGUCCUCAUCCGUUCUCGGCAGGGCCGCGGUGGCCACAAGGAAGCAGUGGAUCCAGCCCAUGUGCAGAGUAGCUCUUUGCAGAAGUUGGGUCACGGUGAGCCGGUGCUGCCAGGGGGGGACUGUCUCUACCACGAGGCACUGCCCGGCUAUGGCACAGAUACAACAAGUCCCUACGCCACUCGUGGGGGCUCGCUGGACCCCUCACAUUCAAGCGGGAGGGGAUCAGCAGAGGCAGCAGAGGAUGACGAGAUCCGGAUGAUCAACGAGUGCCCCCGGAUGUCCAGCGUCACCUCCUCCCUGCAGGAACACCUGGCUGCCCGUGGGCCUGACUCCGGCAUCCAGACAGAUGCCGACCGCCUCUCAGAUGUCUCCUGUGAGCCCGCCACCUUGGAUGCCGGCCACUGGUUCAAGAGCCGGAAGGGGCCCAGCCUCCUGUUGCCUGGCCAGCCCCCACAGCUCUACCGGGAUGAGAGGGCUGGUGCUGGUGGCGUAGGACCUUACUUGGGCACCGGCGGCUGUGGGCUCAGUGUCUCCGUUGCGGCGGCCAAGGACUAUGCCUUCCCUGAAGACGGGAAGCCUUGUGUGGAUGGCUCCCUGACAGCCAUUGUGGCCAGUGAUGAGGAGCUGCGCGGCAGCUACAACUGGGACUACCUCCUCAACUGGUGCCCGCAGUUUCAACCACUGGCCAGCGUCUUCACGGAGAUCGCCCGCCUGAAGGACGAAAGCUCCUUGCGGAAACCUUUUCCAGCCAAGCCCAAACCCCGCAUCGACCCCCCGCCUCUCAUCACCUCAGUGGCACACCCUGGGGCCAAGUCGGUGCCCCCCAAGCCAGCCAUUGGGCGCGCCUUCCCACAGCUCUCUACGCUGCGCCGCUCACCUAUCAGCCACGAGGGCUCCCUUUCCUCAGCUGCCAUGUCCCCCAGCUUCUCGCCCUCCCUCUCCCCCCUGGCAGCCCGCUCCCCCGUGGUCUCACCAUUCGGGGUUUCCCAGGGCCCCUCCGCCUCUGCCAUCAGCACCGAGGCCACUGAAGAGGCUGAGCUCCGCAUUUAGCUGGGCCCCACCAGACUCCUUGUCCUCCUUCUAUGGAGCAGGACAAACCACCCAGUGCAUGCCAUCCCUGCAUCUUGCGGAGCCCACUAGUAGCUUUGGACCACAAGAAGACCCUGUUGGCUUGAGUCUGGGACCUCUUCCCCAUCCUGCUGCCAGGGGUCACUUCCAGGGGCACGCGCCAUCUGCUGCCUCAGUGCAGGGGAUUCUGCAAGAGAUGAGUUGGGACUCUGCUGCAUUUUCCUUGAGGCAGUUCUUUGGACUGAAAUGGGGACAAGAGGGAGAGACUGGCCAUGCUUGGCACCAGCUGUGUAAGGGCAAAGGGACUCUUGCAGGGAAUCACAGCUACCCUCUCCCCCGCAAUAUAUGGACACUUUUUACGGCACAUGAUAUUUUCAGUACUGUUCCUCCCCACACACCCCACACCCACACAAGCACAGAGGGUGGUGGUCUCUCACUGUACACAAGAGCCCUCUCUGCCCCAUUCUAGCCCCCUCCUCAAACAUAGGAUUGGUAUCAUUAUCUUCCACAAGACUGGGACAAAAGGGUGCAAGACAGGAUUGGGGCAACUUAUCAUCCCAUCCAUCCCACCUUACAAAAGCUGCCCCCCACACCACAUAGUGAUAUUUAACACUGCAUACAGUCAGCCCCCAAUAUCCAUGUAUUCAACAUUCGUCCAUGGCUUCAAAAUAUUCCAAAACUUACAAAUUCCAAAAAGCAAACUUUGGUUUUGCUAUUUCAUAGAAGGGACACCAUUUUACUAUGCAAGUCUAUAUGAUGGGACUUCAGGACCCAUGGAAUUUGGAAUCCAGGGGGGUCCUGGAACCAAACCCCAGCAGAUACAUCAAGGUCCUACAUAUUUCAGUUGCUGUUUAUUUAUAUAUUGCCAUCAGUUUACAUUCUGGCAUUUGCAGUGCAGCUGGCAGGGACAUUUUUCAAACCCUUCAAUCUGCUAUCUUCUUGGUUUUCCAGGACAGAUGGCAAGCCUACUCAAACUUUCUGCUGCCCAAGGAGGGAAUGCCCCCCACCAGCACACAGUAGCCCCAUAGCAGCCAGUCCUGGCUGUGUCCCAUGGCACCAGUGGGCCAGGGCAGGAGAGGCUGCUUUCUGCCUUGGGCAAGCCUGGAGGGCACUAUAAGGCCAGCAUCUGGAAUUCAUUAUGUCCCUUUGCCAGGAAAGUCCCUGCCUGGCAUUGAUUAAACCAGCAAAGAGGGCACAGAGGGGGCUGGCUUCCCACAAAUGCCCAGAAAGAAGGGCAUCGUUACUUUGCCUGCUCACUCUAGUAUCACUUAGCCCGAUGUGCCUGGGAAUGCAUAGCACCCUGGCAUGCUUGGCAUUGGGUGUGAAUGCUGCCACAAUGCCUGUCCUCCCUGACUCUGCAGAGUUGGGGCUGCUUAUACCACACCUAACCAUCCUGAGCAGUCUGCUCUUGUGUGUCUGUAUGUGUGUGUGUGGGGGUGGGGGGGGGGGUUAAUG